UGGGCAGAGUGGCAGAGAUCUUCAUAUGAGGAAGUUGGGGGUGUGAAAGUGAGAGCAUGCAGCGGGUAUUUUAUGGGAGUCUUCUUCUGGAUUGGACCACAUCAGCAUUUCUUUUGCUUGUUCUGGAACUUGUUCUUCGGAAUAUUCAACAAUAAUAAUAUCCUCCUCAGUCUUCUCAGUCAGUCUCACGUCUGGACUCUCUGCUGCUGGUGCAGAUUCCAGUAGUAUAAACAUUGGGACAGUGUCUUCUUGUUCUUCUUACGAUUGUUGUUCUUCUUUUGGAACAUUACUGCAUGACGGAUCCAAUUCUUGGGGUCAGGAUGAGUCACCGACUAUUGACGUUGGCCUUUUUGAUUACUUUUUGUGCAGCUUUCGCCCUUCCGAACAAAGAUGGUAGCAGGGUGUUCGAAAAGACACUGAGUGAACAGGAUCAUUUCAUUGAGGGCGAGCAUAACUCGGCGUAUGAUCACGAAGCAUUUUUGGGAGAUGAGGCUCAACAAUUUGAUGACCUUUCACCUCAAGAGUCGAGACGUCGGUUGGGGCUGAUUUUUGAUAAAAUUGAUACCGACAAGGAUGGAAAAAUCGAUGCUGACGAAUUGAAAAGGUGGAUUCAGUGGACUCAACGCCGGUUCAUCGUGAAGGAUGCGGAAACUCAAUGGCGAAUCCACAAUCCUGAUGGGAAGGAUAAGAUCAAUUGGACCGAGUAUCGGAGAGCAAACUACGGUUUCUUGGAUGGCGAGCCGGAGGGAACAGAGGACAGGAAGACGUACAUGAAAAUGAUGCAACGGGAUCGAAGGCGCUGGGUCAUCGCAGACACGGAUGCGGAUGAUCAUCUCACCCAGGAAGAAUUCACCCAUUUCAUCCACCCCGAAGAUGUGUCGCACAUGCAGGAUGUGGUGGUUCUUGAAACAGUUGAAGACAUUGAUAAAGAUGGAGAUGGAAAAAUCUCGUUGUACGAGUACAUCAGAGAUUUGUACAGAGGUGAAUCUGGAGAAGGUGAACCUUCUUGGGUGGAAAAUGAGCGUGAAUCAUUCCGAACUUACCGAGACAAGAAUAAGGAUGGAUACCUGGAUAGCGAAGAGGUCAAACAAUGGAUCAUGCCAGACGAUUACGACCACGCUGGAGCAGAAACCAAUCACUUGAUUCACGCUUCUGACUCUGACGCGGACGGAAAACUCACAAAGGACGAAGUCCUCGACAAGUACGACGUAUUUGUCGGAUCACAAGCCACAGAUUUUGGCGAGGCUCUCGUCAAACAUGAAGAGUUUUAAAUUGCUGCUACAAGUUUUGCCUCCGAACUUACACAUGCGAUUGCCAUCGAUUUAAUUAUUUUUUACUGCCCAGUGUAGAAUGCAUGAGUUGCUACAACACAAUCAAAAAUAAUUAAUGCAAAAUGCAACGACUGAAGAAACGACAAUCAAUAUUCCUUCCGAAAUCUCUGUAAAAUAUUUACAUCGAAACCGGCUGCUUCCUUGUAUACUUAUCCGUUCGUUACCAUCGAGUCUCAUAAAGUAACUUAUUUUAAUUUAUUUAUACGCCGACAUGUUUUGGAAGUGUAUAACAUCCUCAUCUUAUUUACCAAAGACAAACUAAUCAUUACAUUAAUACCUCAUGUUAUUAUUAUUGGAGUUUCUUCCGAAUGAUUAAUCAUGAAUUGUCAAUGCUGGUUAAUUUGGGUACUAAUUGCUGUUUAAUUAUUUAUUGAAUUUUACCUCUAUUUGUUAAUUUAUUAACAUUUGUUCAUUACAAUUUUACCAUUUUUUUAUAUGCGUAUUUUCAUGUCACAACAACCAAGUGCCAAUAAUAAAGUGUCUUCUAGUUAUUUAAGCAACAAAAUAACAA